GGGGAGGUAUGGUGUCCCUUGGCAGCUCCGUGCGCGCUGCGGCAGUGGCCACAGGAGCAUGGGGUACCAGUUGCUCAACACUUUAUCAGUUUGCACUGCUCUUUCUUCUCUCUCCGGUGAAUUUCCAUUUUGAGGGAAGAGCUCCGUAGAGGAAAGUUUCUGGAAAGUGAGCCCAUACUUCGGUGCCCACGACCCGAAGCCUUCGGGUGCUCCCGAAGUUCACUUGGAUUUCGAGCACGGCCACCUUUGUGGAAGGUGCAGUUACACCUGUAAGGGGACGGGGAGGGGAGCCGCGUUUCCCACCCAGGCAACGAGCCGAGUCGGUGCAGCCGCAGGACCGUGGGGGACCUCUCAUGUGGCCUUUGUAAAUGUGGGUUUGCGACAGAGUGAAUGUAGAAGCUGAAAAUGCCUGGAAGAUUCCUGGUUUCUGUUGCUACAUGCCCUGCCUUUUUGCAUCACCGCCUGAUUCGGAUGAGGUGAUGUUCAGAGGGACGCCUUAAUCGACACUGUUGUCAGCGAGUGGCCUCUAGCUAGAGGUAGUACGCACGGUUCAAGAUGGCCAGUCAGCCUCCAGAAGACACAGCAGAGGCUCAGGUCUCUGACGAGCUCGAGUGUAAGAUCUGUUAUAAUCGGUACAACCUGAAGCAGAGGAAACCCAAAGUGCUGGAGUGUUGUCAUCGGGUUUGUGCCAAAUGCCUCUACAAGAUCAUAGACUUUGGGGACUCCCCACAAGGCGUCAUCGUCUGUCCUUUCUGCAGGUUCGAGACAUGCCUGCCAGAUGAUGAAGUCAGCAGCCUGCCGGACGACAACAACAUCCUGGUAAACUUGACUUGUGGAGGCAGAGGCAAGAAGUGCCUGCCAGAGAACCCUACUGAGCUGCUGCUGACUCCCAAGAGGCUGGCAUCUCUCGUAAGCCCUUCACAUGCUUCCUCCAACUGCCUGGUCAUAACCAUCAUGGAGGUACAGCGAGAGAGCUCCCCAUCUCUGAGCUCCACUCCUGUGGUAGAAUUUUACAGGCCCGCAAGCUUCGACUCUGUUACCACUGUGUCACACAACUGGACUGUGUGGAAUUGCACAUCCCUGCUCUUUCAGACGUCUAUCCGCGUGUUGGUUUGGCUGCUAGGUUUGCUCUACUUCAGCUCCUUACCUUUAGGCAUCUACUUACUGGUGUCUAAGAAGGUCACCCUUGGGGUUGUCUUUGUCAGCCUCGUCCCUUCGAGCCUUGUUAUUCUCAUGGUGUAUGGUUUUUGCCAGUGCGUUUGUCAUGAAUUUCUAGACUGUAUGGCACCUUCUUCUUAAUCAAUAUGCAGACUAAGAAAUUUGACACACAUUGCCAUCUUUAAAGUUAGGUAAUUUAUCGUUUAUUUAUUUUAUAUUCUCUCUGAUUAGUGUCUGUGAUGUUAACAAGCCACUGGCCAAAUGUUUGUGGUCUGUUUUCUAUAAAAAUUUUGACUCAGUUGGUUUUCCUGUGUGCUGGACAUCAAAAAUGUUCAUUUCUACUUAGGUGUUAGAGACACAAAAAUGUUUAAGGUAAGCCUUCAUAAAGAUCUUCUUGUGAGUCUUCCCACAGAAAGGGUGGGAUUUCACUCAGCCCUGCUAGACAGACACCAGAGAUGUAGUGUGUUAGGCAGUAGUUGGGGCUUUGUGGAACGUCAGGGAUGAACUAACUCCUCUCUUAAUCCUCGGGAAUCUAUGAUGGAUGGUGGACACGAGAGGAAAGCUGUUCCAAGACACAUCCACUUGAAAAAUGUGACUUCCCCCACCCCACGCCCCCUCCUAUAUUCCCCUCCAACACCCCUCCCGCAUCCCCCUCCCACACAAUUCUUCACACUCCUCCCAUAUCCUCCUCCCACCCCUCCCGCAUCCCCCUUCCACAACCCCCUCACAGCCCUCCCACACCCCUCCAUUUUUGAUAUUUCCUGGAGUCCUCUUCAUGUGUUCUCAAGUUAAUGCCACUGUCUGUGGUCUGCUGCUCCAGUGAGGUGCUUCUUCCCUCUGCACAUACUCCUUCACCAAGAGGAAACCGCCUCCUGCCCUUGUGUGGUUUCCAUUAAAUACCCAUUUUGCCACAUUACUAGAGAGUGGAAUUUGCAUGGAAGCAAAUGUCAUGAUAGAAUAUGGCCACCUGUCUUUGAAGCCAUCUUCUCCAUAUUUAUUUUCCUCUCUCCUCCAUCUUCUCUGAAAUUCUCACAGAGCAGUUACUGUUCACGGAAAUAAAUCUUGAGUCUUGCCCUGAAACAUUUCAACUGAGUUUUGUUAACCACAUUGUUCAACGAGCCCCACGCCUUACCCUGAAUGCGGUUCCACUUCAGUUAGUUGUUGGAAGCACACGAGGAUUCUUUCCCCCACUGUAUUUCAGAUUCUAUGAUGGACUUGUUUAACCUAAUCCUAUAACAGUUUGGGGUGAAUUGUGGCCGUGGAAACCCAGAAACAAUUAUUGGGAUGUUCUGGCUCGCCGUUUGAAGUAUUUUUGCUGUACUGUACUGAGUUGGACCAAAACACAAUGGUUUAGGCUUAUGUGCAAAACGAGGUUGCAGUAAGCCAGAGAGAGAGAUGGGCAAGAGACACACAGCGCCGAUGCCUGCUGGAGAGGACCCUCCAGGGCAGUAAAAUGCAGGUGCAGAGAGCAACGUGAUGUGUUGCUGUGCCUCUUGCUUUAAAGUCCAUUUUAGAAUGGAUUCAUGUUCUUACAUAAUUUAUUUCAAAUAAAAGCAUAAGCUAUGUGACUUGAGUUAAUGAACUUCUUUUCGUGAUGCAGGGGAAGUUGAAUGUAUAUAUUUAUGAGAAGAAAUUGUUUAGCAGAUUUUAGGUUUGAGGGAAUAGAAUGUCCACAGAAACUGGGCCAAAAAAAAAAAAAAGCGUUUCAGUUUCUAAGACCCAUUACUGACGAUUAACAUUAAAAUAUUUAUUACUCUUAGGAAAGGGCAAUACUAAGAUGACUUCCACUUGUUUGUGAUGAAACAUUUGUUGUGUGACAUGGUUGCAGUGGACCAGUUGGAUUUCCUUAUUCAGGAAGAAUUGACACUUAUUUUUAGAUUAGUAGUUUGAUUUUAAUCGCGUAACUACUGACUUUGAGAAUAUAUACACCCAUGGUGAGUAUGAUGAGAAAGCAUAUGUGGGGUGUGGUCCAAUGAAUUUAAGCCCCAAGUUAUAGAUAAAGACAUUUAUAAUUUCAUAAAAUCUAGGUUAGAUAGCAUUGUGAAUGCAGUUUCCAAAAAUCCAUUGUACUUAGAGUAAACAAAAUGUUUAGGAGGUGUUUUGUGAUUUGGAUUUAUAUAUUUAUAAGGUUUUUACAAAAUGUUCAUUUUGUCUGACAUGUAACAUCAAAUAAAUUGGUGAGUUAUAUGAUGAGGUUUCUAGAAAGCUCUGGGUGUGGGUACUGUGUAUUUUGCUUAUUUGUAUAAUGUCUGCAGUGUUAAAUUUGUGUUUCUUUGUAAAUUGUGAUUUUUUUUUUUUAGUUGCCAGUAAAUUAAUUUGUUUUUAAAGAGUUUUAAAUGUAAGACAACAAAAAACUCUUAAUGCUGUUGAAUGAAAACAGGAUAAUGCUUCAUUCACUAUUUUAUUCACUGUGAUAAUAUUUUGUCCAUUAAAUUGUUAUUGUUUCGA